ACUGCAACGAAAACCGUCUGCUUCUUCAGCAAUGCAACAAAAGUACACAACACGGGGAACAUAAUUUGAAUUCGUGUUGAUGAAGUAUGAAAUUUUGCGGUUUUGGAUCAAAUGAAAGAGUCGUUGGAAGUUUGUUUUGAUCGAUUGCAGUUUGAAUUUACUCUAAAUUUGGAUAAGAAACCCGAAAGAAAUUGUUGUAUCGAUGAACAUGUCGGGAGAGCUUUCGGUCUUCCAACGUGAUACUUCUCAUUCACCUUCACCUGAUGAACAGGGUCAAGAAGAAGAGGAUGAAGAUUGGGCAAUUGGACUAGCCUUUUCGUCUGAAAGGCAUACUGACAGAAUUGAAGGAUUAGAAGAAUGUGCCCAAAACUGGAGAUUAAAGGAUCGGAUGAAAACAGUGAGUGUGGCAUUGAUAUUAUGCCUCAAUGUCGGAGUAGAUCCCCCUGAUGUAGUAAAGACUCAACCAUGUGCAAGACUAGAAUGUUGGAUAGAUCCCUUGGCCAUGAGUCCACAAAAAGCAUUAGAAGCUAUUGGUGUCAACCUACAGAAGCAGUAUGAGAGGUGGCAGCCACGUGCCCGCUAUAAGCAAACCCUAGACCCUACAGCAGAUGAGAUUAAAAAAGUAACAUCUACUCUUCGAAGAAAUGCAAAAGAUGAACGAGUGCUCUUUCAUUAUAACGGACACGGUGUACCAAAACCAACGGCUAAUGGUGAGAUUUGGGUUUUUAACCGAAGUUAUACACAGUAUAUACCACUGUCAAUUUACGACCUGCAAACCUGGAUGUGGUCGCCAUCAAUCUACGUUUUUGAUUGUUCCAACGCUGGUAUGAUCGUGGAUGCCUUUCAACAAUUCGCAGAUCAACACCAGAGAGAGUACGAGCAGUUGAUGGCACAGUCAAGAAACACGUUACCUUCUCAGAUGACACCUCCUCCAAAUUUCAAACAGUGCAUUCAGCUAGCAGCGUGCGCCACUAAUCAAAUUCUCCCAAUGAAUUCUGAACUUCCCGCAGAUCUUUUUACUGCGUGUCUCACAACUCCCAUUAAGAUUGCGCUACGUUGGUUCGUUUUACAAAAUACAUCCCGUUUGGUGCCAAGAAUGACGCUGGAAUCAGUUGACAAAAUUCCUGGACAGCUCAAUGAUCGAAGAACUAUGCUAGGUGAAUUAAACUGGAUUUUUACUGCUAUAACUGAUACGAUAGCCUGGAAUUCACUGCCUCGAGACGUGUUCCAGCGCCUUUUUAGACAAGAUUUACUUGUCGCCAGUCUUUUCCGCAAUUUCCUAUUGGCAGAAAGGAUACUUAAGUCUUAUGACUGCACACCUGUCUCUUGGCCUAAACUGCCUUCUACGUCUCAGCACCCUAUGUGGUCGGCAUGGGAUUUAGCCCUUGACAUUUGCCUCUCACAGCUACCAGGCAUCUUAGAAGGCAAAGAAACUUUCCAGAAUUCGCCUUUUUUUGAAGAGCAAUUGACAGCUUUUCAAGUUUGGCUUUCGCAUGGGUCGCAGAAAAGAUCUCCUCCGGAGCAGCUGCCUAUUGUUCUGCAAGUCCUUUUGAGCCAGGUGCAUCGCUUAAGAGCGCUUGAGUUAUUGGGACGUUUUUUAGAUUUGGGACCUUGGGCGGUGAAUUUGGCACUGUCAGUUGGUAUCUUUCCAUACGUUUUAAAGUUACUUCAAAGUUCCGCGCGUGAACUGCGUCCAUUACUGCUAUUUAUAUGGACAAAAAUUCUCGCAGUCGAUGUAACCUGCCAGGCGGAUCUAGUUCGUGACGGAGGGCAUAAAUAUUUUUUGUCGGUUCUGCAAGAUACAUCGGUACCAGACGAUCAACGAACCCUAGCCGCCUUCGUGGUUUCUAGAGUGGUCUGGAAUCAUCCAGUGGGGCAGGAAGCCGUGGCACAAGUAGCAUUUAUCUCCAACACACUUGAAAUGGUCUACGAAAAGGACAGGCUAUUAAGGCAAUGGCUCGUCAUCGGUAUUGGUUUGGCCUGGCAUAAUGCCAUAGCUGCUCGUUGGUCGGCCAUUCGAGAUUCCGCACACGAAAAACUGUUUCCGUUGUUACGAGACCCUAUACCAGAGGUACGAGCCGCCACGGCGUACGCGUUAGGGACAUUUAUUCACAGUGGAGGCAAAACUGAGCGCAAUGAGCUUGCCAACAAAAUUGAUCAGGCAGUAGCUCUACAACUGUUGAACGUUGUAAACUCAGAAGCUAGCCCGUUGGUCCGUAAAGAGAUCGUAAGCGCACUGCAAUGGAUUGUUUUGAUAUUUGAAUCGACUUUCAUCCAAAUGGCUAUCCAGCAGUUAGAAGAGGAAAAGAACAAAGAUUCAAAUCUGCUUUCUCCAAACGUGGAAGUUGCCCUUACGUCUUCCGGCAGUCUACAACGGCCGAACCGUCGUUCUCGGGCAGCUACGUCGAACGUAACGAACCUGGGAACAAGUCCGGAACUUUCGGAGAGUGGUUUUUACCAUUCCACAAAUUCCGUUAAUCCCGAUCACAUUCGACGUGCGGUUUCUAUCUCCUCUCUCAGUAGCCUUACAGCAAGUUCCACUUUGCCUAGCCUAGCUUUCAACACCAUUUACGUCAAAAUUUGGCAUGGACUUUCAAACAUGGAGAAAGAUCCAUACUUCGAGGUUUCUAAUAUGGCAAAAAAGUUAACAGAUUAUGUGCGAAAUAAGGCAAAGGAACUUGUAGCUGCCCGGGAUACUGAUCUUGGUCGUGCAUAUACAUAUUCCAAUUCAAGUAACGAUUCCAUGGAUAAAACUAUCUACAUUGGCGAUUCUCCCCCACCGGCGCCUGCUCAACGUACCACUCCGUCGUUCAACAGAAUAAGAAAACGAAGCAUACCGUCUACGAUUGUGGAAGAAGGUGAAACUUCCAGAGAGCUAAAAGACCCUUUGGUAGCCACUGGGUUUAUUGAGUGGUGCGCCAAACAUUUUGCAGAACCAGCCGCGUCUAAUGAAGAUAUCCAAUUGAAUUCCAAACCCAAUCAUGAAAAGGAAUUGUCUAUUGAAUUUGAGAUAUGCGGAAGAACUCGUGAACGGGACACCGAAAUGUACUAUACGCGUGAGUGGCGAUAUGCACGUAAUGCUACAGUACGCCGCGAAGCCAAAGAAGAAUGUCAAAGACCUACUAAAGCCAAAAUGAAAGAAGUUUUCUGCAAUCGAAAUCCACUUGUACCUUCUGUUAUCCGCUUUCAUCCAUAUGACCCAUGGCUUGCUGUAGCAGAUAAAGAUGGAUGCACUGUAUGGGACUGGGAAAGGAGCGUUCGCCUCAUCCAUUUCAACAACCAACAACAACCCAGGGCUGCUCGGAUUACAUCAAUGGAGUUUGUCAAUGGACACGACGAUGCGUUGCUUCUUAUUGGUGCAGAUGACGGAUCCUGUAGAAUCUGGCGAGAUUUUAUUCGAACAGGAUCUCGAUUAAGUUCUGGCAUUGUUGAAGAUUCGUCAGCAGUUUCACUUGUCUCUGCGUGGAAUUGCAUAGCUGAAAUGACUCCAUCUACUCGAUGUUCCGGCCUAGUUUUGGAUUGGAAUCAAGACUCGUUACAAUUGCUUGCGACAGGAGAUGUUCGGUUGAUCCGCAUCUGGGACGUAGAGCGGGAACUGAAAGUCAGUGAUUUUCCAACUGGCUCAGAAAACUGCGUGACCUCCAUCCACCAUAGCCCACGAGAUCACUCGCUUUUUGUGGCGGCGUGUGGAGAUGGGUCUGUCCGCCUUUUUGACAAGCGUUGUAACGCCCAAAAAUCUAGAGUGAUGACCUGGAGGGAACACACCGCUUGGGUCAUUGAUUGCGAAUGGAUCUCGACCGAUGGAGCCGCUAACCUGGUGAGCGGCAGCUUGGCGGGUGACAUAAGGUUCAUGGAUCCAAGGCACCCUACCUCGGUGCACACUGUAGCGACAGCGCCGAAUUCGCAAGGAAUGACUGCCAUGGCAGUGCAUCCAAAAGCUAACCUCUUCGCCUGUGGAAUCGUCGGCCAGCAUAUCAGCGUGCACGAUCAGGAAGGAGACCUGUGCUCUACCAUUGCGUAUCACGAUGGUGGCGGUAUCUUGGGCUCCAAAAUUGCAGCCGUCUCUUGUCUCACCUUUCAUCCACACCGAGUGUGCCUGGCUGCUGGAGGCAUGGACUCGUUAAUAUCUGUUUUCUCGUCAGAAAAGUCAAAGAAGUAGAAAGUGUAGUUCGAGUCAUCUUGGUGACGACGUCAAGAUCGUAUCUUCCUUUUUUUUUUCCUUUUUUCCUCUUGUUUUCUGUUGGAGAUUUUUCAAUUCGAGCCGCGAGACCUCGCAAAUGUUAAUUGCCCAGUUACAAUCACUAUUGUGAGCGAAAGAUUCAAAAUGAAGCCUCGUCCAUGUUAAGUCUUGCAUUGAAUUAAAUUUAUCGUGUGCGAGA